AUGGAAGCCCCCUGGGGCUGGCUGGUGAUCGGUGUGCUGGCCAUAUCCCUGGCCUCUUCGGUGACCCAGGACGUUUGCCGAGCACAGGAUGGGAGGGACGGGGCCGCAGGAAUACCCGGCCGACCCGGACGGCCAGGCCUCAAGGGGGAGCGAGGGGAGCAGGGGGCCCCUGGUAUCCGGACAGGCAUCCGUGGCCUUAAAGGAGACCAGGGAGAGCCUGGGCCCCAUGGAAAACCUGGCAGAAUGGGCUACCCAGGACCCAGCGGCCCCCUGGGGCCCCCUGGCCUCCCAGGGUUGAAGGGCAUCAAGGGCAACCCCGGAAACAUCCAGGACCAGCCACAGCCGGCCUUCUCGGCCGUGAGACGGAACCCUCCGACGGGCGGCAACGUGGUCAUCUUCGACACGGUCAUCACCAACCAGGAGAGCCCAUACCAGAGCCACUCGGGCCGGUUCAUCUGCUCUGUGCCGGGUUACUACUACUUCACCUUCCAGGUGGUGUCCCAGUGGGACAUCUGCCUGUCCAUCGUGUCCUUUGGGAGGGGCCAAGUCCAGCGUUCCUUGGGCUUCUGUGACAGCAACAGCAAAGGAGUCUUCCAGGUGGUGUCCGGGGGCUCGGUGUUCCAGCUCCAGCAGGGAGACCAGGUCUGGAUUGAAAAAGACCCCAAUAAGGGCCGCAUUUACCAGGGUUCAGAGGCCGACAGCGUCUUUAGCGGCUUCCUCAUCUUCCCAUCCACCUGA